AUGAACUUGCGAAGAAUACCCGGCUUCCUCUAUCACCACAAGAUCCAUGCCAGUUGUAUUCUAAUUCUUCUCAUUCUUCUUGUUUGCCUUCUUCAUCACUGGGGUAUUAUUUGCACAAAUUUGGAGGCCCGAAGACACGUAUCCAGUGUGUGCUCAAGUCAUGGAGAUGGAUCAGCCCUUGGAGUUUUAUGCAAACCCCUCUGUACAGAACACACUAUUCAUUCCCUCGCCUGUGAAAGCUUGCAUUCGGGGAAGGAAGCGGUUUUCUCAGCCAACUGGGAGGACACGAGACUGGUGUUCAAAGCUGCCAGAUCGCUAACAUCAAUAGAGCCCUACGAAUCCCUCCAGUGGGUGGACGCAAUGGGCUAUAAGCAUUACCCAGCGGAGCCAGAGUUCGAUAAAAUGAUAGGUGACCUAGUCUUCAAUAAAUUGAACAUAACUCUAAGUAAACGACAGGUGGAACGUCUGAGUCGAUUGAGGCCGGGUCAUGUCGAGACCGAGGAAGAAAAACGUGAAUCAGAGAUGGAAAAUGUCUGGGCCCUAGUCCAGGAGAACGAGUACCUCAUAUCGAUCCUCUACGAAGAGAGAGAUGUCUUUCCGAGGCUCAUUGGCACUUGUGGAAAUUUUUAUUGCGUCGAGUACGUACGACCUCUUGAAAGUCCAACGACAGCACUGGCCAUGUCAGACUCAGCUAGUGAAUGGGGAAAAAGGCUGAAAAUGGCUGUGAUGAUUAUGGAUUUGAUUGACGAGCUUGAGAACAACUUCCCAGAACCAUUUUACCUUUGUGAUGUUAAAAUAAAUCAUUUUGGCCUUGCAUUUGGUGACUCAAGGCUCAAGUAUCUCGAUUUAGAUGCGGUUUUUCCAAAGAGCAUCGCGGCUCGAUUGACUUCUGAUGGAAGAGCCUGUGAGAAACACGAAGACUGUGAUUAUUUCGACUGCAGAUCUGUCUGCUCUAUUAAUAAACGAUGUGAGGCACCUGUGAUGAAUGAUAAUUUACAAAUAAUCUGUGAGAAAAUAUUCUUAGGCUGGACACUGUCAGGUACUAUAAUAAUUCCCGGCCUCCUCAUGUCCCGAAGAACACCGGGAAGCCUUGCGGUACUUCUUAGACAAUGUGCUAAUCCCCACGGUGAUACUGUCCACUUGCCUAGAGCACAAGUGCCAGCCGAUAUCAGAACCAGACUCUACGAUAUGUUGACUGAAAUGGAUCGACAUUAUUCCGCUUCUUCCUAGACACCGCACAGUAACCCUUUUUCAAUAAUAAAUCGUUGAAUAUGAAAUAUAGAAUAUUAGAGUAAUAAAAGGCCUUAAUAGUCACUAGGAUUUAUUCAAUAACUUCUGCGUAAAUUUAACAGAUUCUAGACCUUUUUCGAGCUUUAAUGAUGUUAUCUAGGUAAUUAUGAAGCCUUGGCUGGGCGCCGACGAAACUUAAAAAUAAACAAAAAUAUUCCAAAUACAUUUUCAUAAUAUUGUCAAUUUUCUUAUAUUACAAUUAAUAAAUUCCUUUAAAAGAUAAA